GCAAACGGACGACGACGAGGAGCGCCGACGGAAACAGCGGCCAAGAAGCAACUUCCGUACCCGGGAAACGUGUCGCGUGUGCUCCGAGUGGAAAAUACAGACGGGCUGUGUGUGCCGGUGGUGUACUGAGCAAUAGGGAAAACCCGGCAAAAAGCCCGCUAAAAGAAUCCCAACUAUGCGUGCAUCGACCACAAAUCAAAAUACGAAUUUAUGAAAAGUGUUUUCUCGCUAAAAAAUAAAUCGAAUUUGCUGAACGGUGAAUGUAUUUAAUUACAGUAAAAAAUUGUAUGUUAUGGAGAUCGAAGUGCCCCAAUAAGAAAUCAAUUAUUAAUAAAACACUUUCGGGCAAUUAAGCCACAGAACACGCACUCAAAGGUUGUGUUACACCCAACAAAAGAACAAUAUCAGUGAAUAGUUAAAUAAAAAGUGAACCAAAAUCCUGGAAAUCAUGUUGCCCGGAGUGGAGCUGCUGCUGCUGCUCCUGCUCAGCCCGUCGCUCCUCGCGGAGAUCUCCCACUUGCCGCUGGCCAGCAAUCGCAUCAUCCUGGACUCCACGGAGCUGCUGCAGCCGCCUUUGAAUCCGGACUCCAAUGCUCCAAUGCCAGCGGUUAAGGCGACGCCAGUGCCGCCGCAGAAGUGUCCUUCGCUGCAGCGGUACCGCAAGAUGCUCAAGGACAUCGACGACCUGGAGGACCUCUACGUGGACGUGCCCGUGCACAUCGCAUUGGCGGAGCGGCAGAGGAAGCGAUUUGUGCUGAACCUGAACGACUCGACGCCGCUGACGAUUCGCUUUUCGGCGCCCGUGGGCCGCAAGAUGUACUACAAUCAGACAGGAAACCUCCUCCGACCGGCGGCAGUGGCACCUGGGCCAGGUGUAUCUGUGGGCAGCCUGGUGCUGCCCUGCGCCCUGCCCGGCCAGUACGACCUCUUUGUCCAGGCCCGCCACUCUGGAGCUCUCAAGGUGGACGCCCUGGCGGAGCAUCCGCAGCACGACUGGCCCCUGCUCAAUGCCACGCACCGGAUCGCCAUUCGCACCCAGAACCGCGUGCGGAAGCACGAGAUGAUCGUCAAGUGGGACAGGAGCAAGUUUGACUACCACGUGAUGCACUAUUGCCUGGUGAUUCAGCGACUUGCAAUGAACACUCCACGGAAGAGCUUCGCCAACUUCUGCCAGGCGGUGUCCGCCUUCGUGGGCCAGCGAUCCAUGACUCCCAGCUGCUCCGGUGGCAAUCCCAUGGACCUGGUCUGGGGUGCACCACCGCAGCGGGAGAGGAGACUCAAUCGGCGGCAGAACCUGCACAUCGUGUGCACGGGAAAGAGGCGCCAGCAGAUGCUGCGUCGUCUUGUGCCCCGUAACAACUACCAACUAGACCUGUUUGGCAUCCACCAGGCGAGGCAGAACCUCACCUUUCCACUUGCCAGUACCGAGGUGAACUUCAAUCGCACCCAACCGCUGGCCCUGAAACAGCAGGCCCUGAUGCAACUCAAGAUCGGAGGACAACACGGCAAACAGGUGUACAGCUUCAAGGUGCCACAGACGAUGCUCGAGGAUGAGGAGCCCUUCAUGCGUCACCUGUUGAUUCCCUGCUCCGGCAGCGAGAUCAGAGUGAAGCUACUGCGUCAGCGAAACGAGGUGGGCAAAACCGAGGCCUUCUACAGUCCAACUUAUAUAAGGCAAAAGGGAGUGACUCCUGGCGAGCGGUAUCUAAUGAGAUUCGAGCCCAGCAACGAGGAUGAGGCGUUGCGAGCCCAGAAAGUGAUGGUGGCCUUGAGCAGCGAGGCUUUGUUCCGGGAUUUACCCGAGCUGCCGCAAAACACCAGUGUUUUCAAUGUGCGCACGAGGUGUAAUAGAGCCACUAUAGCUUGGAAUGGUUCGCCAGAUGAACGCGAGUUAAGCUACUGCAUCAUAGUGUUCAAUCUGCCGCAGCGCAAUCGCAGUGUGGUGGACUCCACCAACUAUUGCAUGGACUUUGUGCCCAAAAGAGUGGAGCACUACAGGAAUUUUGAGUGGAUGACUUGUAGGGAGCGGCAGCAGAGUCCCGACAACAUCGAAACGGAGACCAUUCUGAACCUGAUGCCGGGUUCCAGUUACCUGGUCUACGUGACCGCCAAUCUGAGCAUGGGCAAACCAUUGCCCUACCAGGCACUCACCCUCCAUAUGGCCAGUCAAUGUCUGGACGGAUCCCACGAGUCCUUCUACUAGGAGUUACGAAUUUCGGGACGUAACCCCCAACCCCCCAAAAACAAAAAAGCUUCGCUGCAUUUUCGAAUACAAACACUGAACUAUCCGUCGUUGUAAAGCUACCUUAUCCACUACGAUUACUACACUAUCCUACAAAAACUAUGCUGGUUAAAAGACUAUACACCUAGCUCCAUAUACUAUAUAUAUAUAUAUAUAUGUGUGUAUAUAUAUAAAGAUAUACAUAUAUACAGAUGUUCGUGGCAAAUGUUGUGUGAGCGAGUGAGUGUGUGCGUGUGACUUAUGAUUGUGUUUGCCAUUUGAUUCCAAGUAUUUUUCGAGUGCUUAGUUUUGUAAUUUUUAGCUAGCCGUUAAUGUUUGUAUAAACUGUUUCAUUGGUUUUUCCCCCACUCUGCUUACCGGAUAAUCGUUUUUUAGAUUUUAGCCCUAGCACUCCUAGUUUAAAGUUUAAAGUUAGUUUUCGUAGGCUUUUGCUGUUAAGUUUAAACCGUAAACAAAGAGUUUUGUGUAGUUCUUUUGUACAUUAAGCUUACAGUUAGCUCUAUAUUAGAUAUAUAUUAUAUACCAUUAUAUAUGUGCGUUGAAAGCGUUGUAUUUUUUGAAGCCGAACUUAUGCAACCGAAAGGAGGACAAUAAACAAAUGUGCUAUAAAAGGACGGGAAGUGUCGCAAAUAAAUGUGAAACCGCAGCUAUGGAAAAUCCGA